CGAAACGUGGAAACAAUUUCGCUUUCGCUAGUGCAGUGUUUGUGUCCGAUAUGUGACAAAUUAAAAGACGCGGCGCUACAUCGCAAAAACGUUUUCAGUGCGUGGAAAUUCGAAACUGUUUUAAUGAACAUUUAGUGUGCUGUGGAAUAGAGUCCACUACGUGAUUUUCUAUUCGCGGUGUGAAGCUACUCGGUGAAAAACCAUCUCCCAACACGUGGAGGAUUUGCGGUGCUUCAAUAAGACAUUUCAAAGUGAUUUAGUGAAUUUCAAUUCGAAGGAGUGGUUCCAGAACCUAUCGCAGUCGAUCCAGCAAAACAUUCAAGCCAAAAAAGAACAUACCCGAAGGAACACAUCAAUAUGAUCUUAUGAAACAUGCUGCAGCCACGCUUGGUUCUGGAAAUCUUCGCAAUGCCGUGCAACUUCCAGAUGGGGAAGAUCUCAAUGAAUGGGUUGCUGUGAACACUGUAGAUUUUUUCAAUCAAAUCAACAUGAUGUACGGCACAAUAACGGAAUUUUGCACCGAAGAUUCAUGCAGCAUUAUGUCCGCUGGGCCUAAAUACGAAUACCAUUGGGCAGAUGGACAGACGGUAAAAAAACCUAUCAAAUGUAGCGCUCCGAAGUAUAUAGACUAUUUGAUGACAUGGGUACAAGAUCAACUGGACGAUGAAACUUUGUUCCCAUCCAAAAUCGGUGUUCCAUUCCCUAAAAAUUUUAUUCAAAUUGCUAAAACUAUUCUAAAAAGGCUAUUUCGUGUUUAUGCACACAUUUAUCACCAACACUUCUCCGAAGUGGUGAGACUCAGUGAAGAGGCCCAUUUGAACACGUCUUUCAAGCAUUUUAUCUACUUUGUCCAAGAGUUCAAUCUCAUCGACCGUCGCGAACUUGCCCCGUUACAGGAUCUAAUCGACAAAUUGAUCACUAAAGAUGGUCGAUAAAUUCAUUGCUUAAGAAAGAUCGAUCGAGCGAACAUCAUGUACAUCAACACCGUCUUAUAUUAAAGAUAGUGAGCAAACAAUACUGUAAUAUGAUUUUUGUAAUCGUAAUCAUUCACUCAUUUCCUAUUGGUAGAUAUUCCUUGUUUUGCGAGAUUGUUCGAACGUAUCAAUACAUCGUCCACUAUUUUACUUUUUUUAGUAUCUUAAUGUGUUAUUUUUAAUUACUUAUAGAAUAAAUGUUAUUAUUAUUAUUAUAAUUUUUCGAAUACUCUGCAGCAAGCAGAUGAGAUACGAACACGUGAUCUAAUUUGUAAAUAUUUAUUUAAUGACAAGAUGCGAGCUGUUCAAUUGUACUUUGGAGGAGAAGCUCGCGCAAUGUGUAAUAACAGGAGUGCAGAUUGUUCAAUUUUACGGUUCAACCCAUUUCGGUUUAUCAGUAGCCUUCCUUUUUCGACGAAUAUCAUGCCUAUUACAAAGAGAAAUCGUUCUUUGGUUUGCUGUUCAUCACUAUGCGCUUCAGUUGUAAUGUGUAGAAUUAUGAAUGCUUUUAAUAUGGCUAAAAAACCACAGAGGCAUUAUUACAAUAACAGCUGCGUCUAUACAACAAUGGGUAACAAUCAAAUUGCAGGAUUUGAUUGCAACGACUGAUAAUUAAAAUACGAAAUGGAAAUAUAAAUUUGUAUAAAACGGAAAA